GAACAACUGUUCAGCCAACACUCACUCUCCCUGGGGUUUGCAGGGACGCCUCCUAAACUCAGCUCAUUCCUCAUCCUGCCACACAGAGCGUGUGGGGACGCAGGCCAGGCACUGAGGAGACGGGGCAGAGCAUAGGAGCGCACACAGGAGAGGAGUGUGUGUGUGUGUUGGUGAAGAACACAGAACAGGAUGACCCGCUACUUCCCCACACAUGUUGACAGGGGCUGAGGUCGGCACACUUUGACGUGUGUGUGUGUGUGUGUGUGUGUGUCAGACUGUGUUGAGGAGUCUGUGAUUGCCGCAGGGAGAGUCUGCACUCCCCUCCUGCCCGGAGAGGGGUUGUAGUGUGUGUCCUCUGUGGUCCGGAUGCAGAACCUCCUCGAUCAGAACUUAGACAUGGCCACAGCUCUGCUUGCCGGCGAGAAGCUGAAGGAGCUGAUCCUGCCGGGCUCCUGUCAGGAUGAUAAGGCCGGGGCCCUGGCAUGCCUCAUGGUGCAGCUCAAGCUGGAGCUGCCCUUUGAUCGUGUUGUUACUAUAGGGACGGUCAUCAUCCCCAUCCUGCUUGUCACCCUCGUCUUCACCAGGAACUUUGCAGAGGAGUCCAUAUACUGUUACACACCGCACAACUUCACCAGGGACCAGGCACUUUAUGCAAGAGGCUACUGCUGGACAGAGCUGAGUGAUGCUUUACCUGGUGUGGAGCAUCACCUCUGGCCCUCACUCUUUGAGCACAAGUUCCUGCCCUACGCCCUGCUGGCCUUUGCUGGAAUCAUGUACAUCCCUGCUCUGGGCUGGGAGUUCAUGGCCUCCACGCGACUCACCUCGGAGCUCAACUUCCUGCUCCAAGAGAUCGACAACUGCUACCAUCGAGCUGCUGAGGGCCGAGCUCCAAAGAUCGAGAAGCAGAUCCAGUCCAAGGGACCUGGCAUAACGGAGCGAGAGAGGAGGGAGAUCAUAGAGAACGCAGAGAAGGAGAAGAGCCCGGAGCAGAACCUGUUUGAGAAAUACUUAGAGAGACGAGGCCAAAGUAACUUUCUGGCUAAGCUUUACCUGGGUCGCCACCUGGCUAUUAUCUGCCUCAGUUCUAUCCCCAUUUCCUACCUGAGCGCCUACUACGCCCGCCAAAGACAGAACGAGUUCACCUGUGCGCUGGGUGAGCCCCCAGACAUCAGCAGCUAUUUAGAGUUGAGGCUCAGGGUGAACUGUAAGCUUCCUGCUGUUCAGCUGCAGCGCAUCAUGGCCAUUGUGGACAUAUCUCUGCUCUGCACCAUGAACCUCAUCAUCCUGAUCAAUUUGCUGCACUUGUUUGUCGUGCGCAAGUCCAACUUUGUGUUUGACAAACUGCAUAAAGUUGGGAUUAAAACACGGCGACGCUGGCAGAAGUCUCAGUUCUGCGACAUCAACAUCCUGGCCAUGUUUUGCAACGAGAACAGGGACCACAUCAAGUCCCUCAACAGGCUGGACUUCAUCACCAACGAGAGUGACCUCAUGUAUGACAACGUGGUCCGGCAGCUCCUGGCUGCGCUUGCACAGUCCAACCACGACGCUACGCCCACAGUGAGGGACUGUGGGAUACAAACGAUCGAUCCCAACAUGGAUCCCUCCGAUCUGGGAGUGGGGGAGAUGGCCUGGGAGCCGCUGAUCAACAAACGGACUCGCAAGAAGAUCAAAUGGAUCCCAUCCUCGAAUCCUCUCCCUCAGCCAUUCAAGGAACCUGUUACCCUCACACGCUUGGAAAAUCACGGCAAGCCUGAAAAACCUAAAACGCUCAGACGAAAGACGGUGGCCGACCACUUCAUCGCACCACUUCUGGACAGCAAAGGCACACAGCACCCAGCAACAAAAGAUUUAAGCGCGAUGGAGAAAAAGCUGAGUCGCAACUUCUCACUGGACGUCCACCCGUAUAUGCUGACCAUUCGUAAGCCCAAGGUGGAGGCCACAAUAGCGGAACCACUUCCCUCAGAGCACAACCUAGACACAGUGUACCUUGAAGGCACACAUACCCUUGUUCAUGUGUCUGGCGCGAUUACAGAAACUAAGGUGUGCUCUCCGGAAUUUACCAACCCUUCCUUUUCUACCAUGACCCUGCCCACCACUGCAUAUGUAAAUGGCGUGAGCCCCAACCCGCCGUCCAGUGAGGAUGCGCUCAGUCCCAAGUCCUCCCCGGCACAAAUGGAGCCCCUCACUCAGGCAGUAAACCCAGAGCCUCCGACACCACCCCUGGCCAGAGCGCCCACACACCAGCUGCUCAGCAUACACCACACUCUCUUCGAGGAAGACGAGGACGAAGAACACCGUAGAGACAGACUGGCAGGGAGACCGGGGGAGCUAAUCGCCGCCGGGGAAUGUUAAAGACGGAGAAGAAGGGGAACGCCGACUGUGAUUCCUAUCUGCACAUGACCACCGUGUCAAUCCUGUACUCCGAUCCAGAGCCCCCCCUGCUCACCUACUCUUACUUCUCACACUUCUGUGAUGGGAGGAUUGGGCUGACUGAUGAGAAAGAUAGGGAAGCACUUUUAGAUUGUUGAAAUACUCAGAGAUGAAUGAUGAAUAAUGGUUGUGUUUACCAGAGUAUUACUGUAAGCACUGAUGUCCCAUUCGUGUCUCAGGAUGACUGUGUAUAGCUCAUCACCCUCCAAUGAAACCAGCAGUGAUAUACUUUAACAGGGUGCUACAGUGCAGUUUCAAACCACUAUUAUCAGUGAAGAUCGGAUGAGCGGCGAUGGCAGACAAGCUCAAGACACCUUUGGAUUGAUGCAUAUUUGCAGAGAAAAGUACAUUCUGGCUUCAGACGAGAUGUAUUUAAACACCUAUGAUAACGCUUAGUCCCUUUAUCACAAUAACCAAGUAGAAAGGUAGCUCACGCAAUACACUUGUUGAGAUCUGCACAACAAUAUGCAAAAGAUCACAAUAUAUUUGUGGCAAUAAGGUUUGCGCUUACAGCAUCGUAGUUCGCAGAAAGCUGUACUUGUAUAGACACUGUCGGCGACUCAGUAAUUCGUGGGAUAUUUAAAAUAUGAUAAAUCACAUUCGCUUUGUCGUCGCUGUUUUCACCACUGAUUAGGGAUCAUCAUUACUUAUCGGUAAAUAGGCAGAUUUUGUAAAGGAGCAGAAUAUUCUACAGUGAUAGGAGUGGCUGUGUGAGUGACUUAUCCGUAUUAAUGUGGGUAAUAGGAGAUAGAUAUCUUUUGAAAUCUAGUAGAAAAUUAACGUGGGUGUUUUCUUCUUGACGACGUGAAUAUCCCUUCACCGUGACGACUGGAGCUGGACUCACUGGUUCUGGACUCACUGGUUCUGGACUCUGUGUUCUGCUGGUUUCUCGUGUGAGUGAUGUCAAAAUGAAUGAAGCGGCGAGCUGCUGUUGAAUCGUUCCUCACUGGAACUCACAAAGACAAAGAUUAUGAUUGUCAACUGCUGUUUUUUCAGUGCUCCACUGUCUCACAUUGUGCUAACACCUGCUUGAUCGCCAAAAGAGACUUGUGGAAGAAUGACUUGCUAGAAUAGUUUGUGAUUUGUAGAUAAACCAAGCAUUUAGGCAAUGUCAGCACCUUUCACACCGAGGGGUUGAGUUCACUAGUGCGUGGACAAGGGGAUGGGCACCUACCACAACCUCUCCUUAUGCAUUUACUGCAGCUGCACAUAUGAACCUCAAUUAAAAAGGAAAUAUCUGAAUACUGUAGAACACUUUAUCGCUAUUGUCACAGGCCUAUCUGUGGGAUACGUGCAACUACAUACAUUCUGUAUCUCAUUGUCUGGGGUAUUCAGUAAAUACACGCUUUAAGAUUUGUAGUGGUAGAUGGCUGAGCCAAAAAUGAUAUCUAGAUAAAAACAACAAUGUAUCAUUCGAUAUUGAUAAUUAUCACAAUAAAUAUCACCUAUUAUAACUAAAUAAUGAAAGCUAGAGAUGACCACAGAACCGGGAUGUGGUAUGUGUCAGGAAAGAACCCAUUACAUUUAGCAGAUAAAAAUCAGUGAGAGGGUGCUUCGCAAAAUUUUCGCUGAUUUCUCAGAAUAAUUCAUGGCACUAUGUCAAACAUAUUUAGGGGACUGAUAUUUAUGAUAUCUGAAAUUUGGUGCAAAUGCAAAUAACCAUCCUGAUCUGGUGAAUUGAAGUGGUUUCAUAAGGGGACUGUUGGGCCUUGUGGGAGGUAUAGUGAUAACUUGAAUGUAAAUAGCACUUUUCAAGAAGCCCAAGGACGCUUUACAUGUGUCAGUAGCGACAAAGAGACAAAAGGAUGUGGUCUCUCCGACUGUCACAAUAAAGGUUGGCUCAGAAUCCCUUUGUCAGACUACUCAAGCACACAAAAUGCAUCCAGAAGCACUUUAUAGGACAAGUAGCACCAGUGUGUGAGGGCAUGUUGUAUAUGCUGUAACACGGCACUGCUCUUUUUUCUGUGUAAAUCUUCAAAUUUAAAGGUCCAGUGUGUAGAAUUUAGUGACAUCUUGUGGUGAAGUACCGUAAAAAAAAGAUGGCGGCCUCCGUCGAGAGGACCCGAUGUAGAUAUCGAGUAUUUAAAUAUAAAACACCCAUUCUAGGGUGAAGAAAACAACAAUUUGUACUAUUUAGGUCAAACACACAAUUAUUUUAUAUUCAAUUUCUGCCAAUAGACCCCUUUAACCUGAGUCUCACACACUGGACCUUUAAGGCUGAGGACAGGGGGAAUGUGGGGAUGAAAGUCCAGACUCUGACUGUGAUGUACAAAAUGUGAAAAUGCCUGAAAUGAAAUAAA